AUGAGCGGUGCGGGCGAUGACAGAUGGCGAGGUGGCCGUGGGUAUGACCAUGGCCGCCCUCAGGGCCAACGGCACCAUAGCGGAGGAUAUCGAGAUCGUCAGAGCGGUAGCCAUGGCCAUCGGAAUCAAAUGAACAAUAACAUGACCGCAACGGCAGCGUGGACAGGGCCUCCGAGCGGUCCCUCGCGUGAACCGCAUACUCCUGUUCGAGGAUUCAAUUCCGCCGAGUCGAAGGAUGCGCUGAAAAAAGAUUACAAGAAGGGAGGCCAGGGCGAACCCCAACCAGUGAUCUAUAGGCCAACUGGCAAAGAUGGCAACCCAGUUCGACCCAGUGGACCCUGGGGUUCAAAGCCAAAUUCUAUGGCCAAUGGGAAGGAUUUCUUCCUUGAGCUGCGAAAGCAAAUAUCCGGGCUCCAACAAUCCAAUGUCCAGGGCGGUUAA